AUGGAGUUAUCACAAUGGUGGCUCUUGGCCAACACUGCUGUGGUUGCUUACUGCAACAUGUAUCAAGACGGGGAGGCCUCAGAUUGGAGAUAUAUCGGGAAGCAAGCGAUGAAGUAUCAGACCUGGAGCAUCUCAGGAUAUCUGGUAGCAAAACUGAUGAUUGAGAACCCAACCAAUCUUUCACUAAACUCUCCUGAAAAGGACAAGAAGAUAGCCAAGCCAAGGCUCACCCGCUUUGCUUACUUUUGA